CGCUUCCUGGUGUGGACCGAUCAUACUGAUCUGAUGAGGGAGGAGAGGUGGAUCCGACCGAGUCCGAGGAGAAACUGCGAGUUGAACUAGUUCCACGUGUUUCUGAUGCUUCACUCUGAGAAUGUCUGCAAAGGAGAGAAGAGGAGGGAGGUGAGGAAGAGGAGUCUCAGUCACUGGAUCGAUCUGAGGAAGCCACUUCUAUAGAAACAGAAUUCACGACCCACCCUCAGGCUUCACUUGUUCCUGUUCCUCGAGAUAAGAAGUGAGGGAUUACUGGAACUGUAACGCGCUCGUGUUCACGUCCUCUGCCCAGGAACAGUCAGAGAGAAGACAGGAUUCAUGAUGUCGGACGUUAAACCAGCAGAAGAGGACGGCGGCGCGUUCUCCUCAAAGAUCAUCAAGGUGGUGUUUGUCAUCCUGCUGCUCGACCUGCUGGGAUUCACCCUGAUUCUCCCUCUGCUGCCGUCCAUUCUGGAUCACUACGCACAAACAGGGGAUGUUGUGUACCAGUCUCUGCAGAGCGUUGUGGACUGGUUCAGGGACGUGGUUGGGAUUCCUAUGGAGAAGAAAUACAACAGUGUCCUGUUUGGAGGUCUGAUCGGAUCACUGUUUUCGCUGCUGCAGUUCCUGUCAUCACCAUUAACAGGCGCUCUCUCAGACCGUCAUGGCAGACGACCCCUGCUCAUACUCACCACAGUGGGGCUGAUUUCCUCUUAUGCCGUGUGGGCAGUUUCCCGGAGCUUCAGCAUGUUCCUUUUGUUCCGGGUGAUUGGGGGAAUCUGCAAGGGCAACGUCAGCCUCUGCACCGCCAUCGUAGCCGACUUGCCUUGCCCCAAAGCACGAAACAGAGGAAUGGCCAUGAUUGGUGUCGCCUUCUCCUUGGGCUUCACCGUGGGGCCUCUGAUGGGCGCCUACUUCGCCCUCAGGUCCAGAACCACAGGAAGUGUCUUCUACCUCGCUCCAGCUCUGCUCGCCGUGGCCUUCAGUGUGGCUGAUCUGCUCUUUAUCUGGCUCAUGCUGCCAGAGACGCUCACGAAGGACGUCAAGGCUUCGUCUUCAGGGCUCGGGGACUCCAGGAACCUCCUGAACCCAUUGUCUUUGUUCCGUUUUUCAGCUGUUACCCAGACAAAAGAUCCCCCUUCAAAAGAGAGAAUGCAGAGGCUUCAAGUGUUGGGCCUCGUUUACUUCUGCUACCUCUUCCUGUUCUCUGGUCUGGAGUUCACGCUGAGUUUUCUGACUCACCAGCGCUUCCAGUUCACAAGUAUGCAGCAGGGAAAGAUGUUCUUCUUCAUUGGUGUCAUCAUGGCUCUGAUUCAGGGGGGAUACGCUCGUAGAAUCAAACCCGGGCAACAUAUCAAAGCAGUCCGUGUGGCAAUAAUCACACUAAUUCCAGCAUUUAUCCUCAUCGGGUUAUCAUGGAAUAUGAUAAUGCUGUACGUGGGCUUGGCGUUCUAUGCGUUUGCGGCUGCGAUAGUAGUUCCCUGCUUGUCGACGCUUGUUUCUGACCACGGCUCGGCCAGUCAGAAAGGCACAGUGAUGGGGAUCCUGCGUAGCUUGGGCGCCUUGGCCAGAGCUCUGGGACCAGUCGUAUCAUCGUCUGUUUACUGGAUAUCUGGAGCACAGACCUGUUUCCUCAUCACGUCGGCCUCUUUCAUCGUCCCACUCGUUCUCCUGAGCAGAGCCGCGAGGCAGAAGGAGGAGUGAGCAGCAAGAAGACUUUCGAAAGAGGUGAUGGCAGAGACAUCCUCGUGUGUUGCUGCCUAAACGAAUGUAAUGAUGUUUACAUCUGCUGGGAGAUCAAGCACUAAGUUAUUACUUCAUAAGGAGAUGUUCGGUACGCCUGCUACGCUGCUGCCCCAGAAUCAGUACACGAAACACAAUAAUGCAAGAAGAUGAUGCAAGAGCCAAAACCAAAGGGGUGAUCAGAGCUCAUUAACUGAGAAAUGAAUGGUCAUCAUGCUUUUUACUGUAUGUGCUCAUGUAGACCCGUGAAUAUUAUGCACUACUUGAGCCAGGGUGUCAAAUAUAUAGAUCAUUUUAUAUAAUACUAAGUGAUAGUAUGAAAAGGUUCUCGGUACUGCCACUUAACUGAAGUGGCAGAAAGUAAUUUUCUCAAAUACAAAUUUUUAUGUACUUUAUUUUAGUAUUUCCAUUUUAUAAAAAAAAAAAUAUCUACUACAUGUAUAUAUAUUGUACUUCAUAACAUGUUGAGUGCCAAAGUUUGCAUUAGAGAUUAUGAUUUAGUUCUAGAAUAUUGUGCAUUUUUAUAAAGUAAAAUUUAUUCCACCUCUACAGCGACAGCAUUUAAAUAUUGUUUAAUGAAUAAUUGGAUUCAUUUUUUCUUUUGAUACUUGUGCUGUUUAUUUUACACUGAUCAAAAAUUGAAUGCAACAUUUUUCUUGUACUUCAAAAUGUGUGGCUUGAUUUUAUUGGAAAUAUACACAAAUGAUGCUUAUAAUAAAAAUGUCUAAACAAUACGAAAUACUUGAGCCCCUCCAAGAGACAGUCACUACAUUCUGUAAGCUUUUUUUUUUUUUUUCAAUUACAAAAAGCUAAUUGAUUAACAGUUUAUCAAUCUACCUGGUUGUUAAUCCUUAUUUAAAUCAUGGUCAUUAGUUAUCUUAAUUUUAUUCAAGUAAACUUAAUAAAAAGUUGGAGAUGGAUGGAUAGUUA